CACGGAGAAUCGGGUUAGUACAUCCCACCCGGAAGACGCGCCAUGUUAAGCUUUCACGACGUCCUUGUGUGUUCGGUUCUGGGAUAAAACGGUGUUUUAAAAUAUUAUUUGGUGCGACAAAGUUUCCGGCGUCUGUCAAUAGAAGACAAAAAAAAGUGCCAUGCCGCUUCAUAAAUACCCUCCCAAGUUGUGGGAGGCCAUGAAGAUGAAGCAAGGAAUUUACGCUCGCCUCCCUAAACACUACCUCAAGUCCCUUGAGAAGAAAGAGCCCACGCCUGUCCACUGGAGGCCUCUGGGAGUCCAGUACCGAGCCAACCCAAAGACUGGAGUGAAAGAGCGCGUCCAGGAUGUCCCCAUACCCAUCUACUAUCCUCCCGAGUCCCAGGACGGCCUGUGGGGAGGCGAGGGUUGGGUUUCUGGCUUCAGGUACGCCAACAAUGACAAGAUGUCAAAUCGUCUGAAGAAGACCUGGAAACCUCAGCUGUUCAAGAGAGAGCUCUACAGCGAGAUCCUUGAUCACAAAUUCACCAUCACAGUCACGCCACGCACUCUGGACCUCAUCGACGCCGCAUUCGGCUUUGACUUUUAUAUCCUCAAGACGCCAAAGGAGGACCUGAACUCCAAACUGGGGAUGGAUUUGAAGAGAGCAAUGCUGCUUCGACUGGCACGCAAAGACACAGAACUUUACCCCAAUGACCCUGCCAAACGGGAAUCCAUCUAUAGCAAAUAUAUGCAGUUUCAGAUCCCAGAAGAGGAGGCAGAGUGGGUGGGCCUGAGUCUGGAAGAGGCUGUGGAGAAACAGAGGCAGCUGGAGCACAAGGAGCCUGAGCCUCUGUUCAAAGUCUGUGUGGACAAGCUGGUGAAGGAGUUAAGCAUGAAAAAACUACUGGAGCCACAUCUUACAGAGAAGAAGUAACCCUCUGUGCAACGGAAGCAGUGCAGAGACUGAAAUAUGCUGUAGGUUCAGCUCCUGGAUUCUGCAAUAAAGACAGAGGACUUUGCUUCUUCACAUCUGUUCCAGUGGUAAAAGAGCUCACUUCCUCCACUUCUGCUUUCCUUCACACCUGGGAGCAUCACAAAGGCAGAAGUGCAGCAGGAAAACAUGUGCAUAUUUAUUUUAGCAACGUUUCAAUAUCCUUACUGCAAAUGUAAUGUUAAGACUGAUGUAAAACAAAAAUGCAAAACAAAAAUAAUUUAAGCCUUUUUCUAUGUAAAAAAUGUGUCUGCUCAAUAAACAGGUAUAUAUAUAUAUUAUACACACACACACACACACACACACACAUCAUUUAUACGGAUUAUCUGAAUACGUUAAAGACCUGAAAGUUGAAAGGGAAAAUCCGUGUUUUGUCAUAGUUUUUAUGUAGCUGACAAGCAAAAGAAAAAAUAGUUCAAAAAUUAAAUCCUACAUUGUUUUUGAAAUACUUAAGUUAAACAAACUUUUUCCUAUAUUUAUUUUUUAUUUACUUAAAGCAAAGAAAUAAUUCAAGGCAACAAACAAACGAUGUAGGGAAAUAGCAAAGAGGCAAAUUUAGAGUGAAGAUAUAUCUAUUCUAAUCUUAAUUUUUAAAUAAAUACAAAAUUUAAAAAACUAAUUAAAAAAAAAGAACUUCCUAAAAAACCGUCACUAUAUUUGUGGGUGCUCUGAACACAUUUGUACACUAGAUGGAGCCAAUGAGGUAGAUUGACCCGAUACACCUUGCUGUAGUCAUUAAGCCAGAUGAUUUAUUAAUCAAAAAGAAGUUUUAACAAGAGCGUCUCCUAAAUGGAAUAUAUAAAAUAAAAUAAAGCUAAUUUUACCUCCGCACCACAAA